AACCUUAGAUAGCAGUACACAGUGAGAUGAACCCUUUUCUUGGGUCUAUGCAAGGUUGGGUAUUCUAAUUGGUUUUUAACUUGAGCAAGUUUCUCCUUUAUGCCACUCAUAAUAGCUGUAUGUCUCCCUUCAAAUCUUAUUCAUUUUGCUAAAAGUAAUUCUCAUGAACUUUUAAACAAUACAAGACCUGGACAAUACACUAUUCUGGUUUUUCUAGAAAACAUAAAUAAAAAUUGUAACUUAUACUGUUUUGGAAAUACUUUCAAGACUUUGCUUUUUCCUACGUUAUAUAUUUUGGUCCAUUUGUUCCUGUAUCAUAUAUCAGUCUUAUUCGAUUCUUUUUAUUGCAUGUGAAGAUAUCAAGUUUCCUAAACCUUACCCUAUCACACUCUCAUGUACAUUCUUCUAGGGUGGAGAGAAAUUGAGUUAUGAGACAGAGGCUUUUGCAAUUUAUGAUGUCAUGUGGUUAAUUCCUGCACUCAUGUUAUUUGAACUGUCAUGGCUUUUAUAUUUAUGUUAUUCUGGUCUGCUCAUUAUUUCUUUUGAUAAAAUACCAUGUUAGCCAAGAUUUAAAAGGUUGCUCACACAUACUUUGAUGGAGGAAGAUAUGGCUUAAUGCUUUAUGAAAGGUGAUACCUAAUUUUGCCUGGACCAGUAUGUACCAGCUGGUAUUUUUCUGUAUUGACUGGUAUACCUGGUUUUUAAUAUCUUGAUUUAAAGUUUAGUUUUUUCUUAUUCUUUUAGAUUUAGGUUUUGGGCUCCAUGGUUCCAUGAAAGCAAGUAACAAUCUAAUGCUCGGAUAUGCCAUGAAAUUCUGAAAUAUGUUAUUAUUUGCCUCUACUUGUUUAUUUUGAAAUUUUAUAAUUUACAAUCAUUAUUCAGUCCUUUUUUUAUCAGUAUGGGGUUAAGGAAAUUCCAUAAACCAGGCAUGAUAUAUUAACUAUAGCAUGCUGAAACUAAUUCAAUUGCAUUUCUUCACUCCAAAGUAUAGUUCUGUCAAAUCACCAAUUUUUACGCUAUGUGUUGGCAAUGGCUGGGGAGAAGCUGCACUACUUUUGGCUGCUGGUUCUAAAGGAAACCGUGCUGCUCUACCGUCGUCAUCGACAAUAAUGAUAAAGCAGCCAAUUGCAAGAUUUCAAGGUCAAGCAAGUGAUGUUGAUCUUGCAAGAAAAGAAAUAAAAAAUGUUAAGGCCGAACUGGUAGCUAUGUACUCGAAGCACAUAGGAAAAACUCCUGAGCAGAUUGAGGAAGAUAUCAGACACCCCAAAUAUUUCAGUCCGAGUGAAGCAGUUGAAUAUGGCAUCAUCGAUAAGGUACUGUACAAUGAGAUGGCCUGUGAAGACCGUGGCAUCGUUUCCGACCUUAAAAGAGCUCAGCUUAUAUAGACUGGUGAAUGCAGAUGUUGUGACACCAGGAUUUCAGCUAAAUUUAUGAUGUGAUAAGGACCUUAAAAGAGCUCAGCUUAUAUUGACUGCUGAAUCACAGCUUUUAUGCAUUGGUAUAACUACUUACUAUUGUUCCGUCGGUUGCUUCAUUCUCCGUUUUCAGCUUACAUUUACUAAUGGUUUGCUGAUCAUUUCAUUUCAUAGUUUAAUGUUGUUGGUAUAAAAGCCAAAGCAUGGUGGCAGUGUGCAGCAAUUACAUGGUAGAAAUUUCGGCUCCCCCAACACAUUGGGAACAAAGAACAAUACUUCAAUGUGGUUCUUAUUUAGUCACGAUCGGCCAUAGUCUCAUCCUUUUCAACCAGCAGACAUGGCUGCCCUAUUUUUGUUUUUGAAACUAUGAACCUGUAUGACAUAUUUUUGGGGCAAGUGAAAGCUCAUCAUGCACUACUCAAUUUAUGUGUUCUCAAUGCCUUGCAAUAGUUUGUACGACCAAAAUAAAAGAACAAGAAUAGAAUCUCUCUAUUUAUA